AUGGAAAGUAAAAUUAACGUUACCGUCAGGAUAAAGCCACUUUCCGAGGCUGAAAGGCAGCAAGAAAAAAAUAAUGUCUGGUCCUAGAUUGGGGAUAACACGGUCUUCAAUUAGAGAACUAAAGAAAUGUUCAGUUUUGACAAUGUCUUUGGAGAUGGGGUGUCUACUCAGGAGAUUUUUGACUCUCAAGUAAAGGAAAUGGUGAAUACUGCAAUGGAGGGAAUUAAUGUCACUGUCUUCGCCUACGGUUAGACAUCUAGUGGCAAAACUCAUACAAUGAGAGGUACGGACAAGUACCCUGGCCUGAUACCUCUCUCAAUCAGGCAAGUAUUUGACUUCAUGGAUUAAGACAAGGGCAGAGACUAUCAAAUAUCAGUAGCAUAUUUGGAAAUAUAUAAUGAAACGUUGAAUGACUUGAUAGACAAUAACAAUAAGAACUUGGAAAUCAGGGAAAGUAUCUCGAAAGGUAUUUACAUCAACAGAUUGAAAGAGUGCGAAGUCACCACUAAAGAAGAAGUUAUUAAAUAUAUGGAAUAGGGAGAGUAAUCAAGAAUAAUUGCUGAGACUAAACUUAAUGAAUAGUCAAGCAGAUCUCAUACUGUCUUUAGAAUCAGUGUGACUUCAAAACCAUUUGGAGGUAAAAUUUUCUCAAAUUUGGCUGGUAGUGAGGGGGCUAGCAGAACUGAAACGCAGGGAAUUAGGCUGAGAGAGGGUUCUAAUAUCAAUAGGUCUCUAUUGGCUCUGUCUAAUGUUAUCAACAGAUUAAGUCAGGCUAAUAGUGGAAAGGCGUUUAUUAACUAUAGAGAUUCAAAGCUUACCAGAAUAUUGCAGACUGCUCUGGGAGGUAAUUCUAAGACUGCUAUAAUAUGCACAAUGACAUAAACGAUCAGUAACUAUUAGGAGACUCUGAAUACUCUACAUUUCGGCUAAAAGGCUAAGCAUGUAAAGACUACUGUGAAUGUCAAUGAGAUAAGUCAAAUAUCAGGGUCAUUUGGUCCAGAGAUGGAGAAAGCCCAAAAAGAAAUUACUGAUCUGAAGACUAAGCUUAAGGAUUAUGAAAACAAGAUUAUUGAGAUGCAAAGUGCAAGCAUCAGUAAAAUAGAACAACAGAAUUCUAAUUUAAUGAUUAUCGAUACUUCCACUGAUAAGCUAAAUAUGAGCAUGCAAUCUCAAUCAUUGACUCACAAGGACAAUGACUUCACAGUAAUAUUUCUUAAGGAUUAGUUGAAGUUCCUCACAGAUAAAGUUAAGAAAGCAACUACUGAGUUAGAAGACAAGGAGAGAAUAAUAUAAAAAUUAGAGCAUGAAAAAAGAGAGUUUUAGCGAAACUUUGAAACCAUUGAGCUGGAAAACUUCUAGAUGUAAGAAAAACUCAACUCUAUGUCCCAAAAUUAAUCCUUAGUAAUAAAGCAGAAUGCUCUGACUAACUCUUCAAGCCUACCAAAUGAUUGCUUCAAGACGCCCAGUAUCAAUAGACAGUAAAAUAGAAGAGUCUUAGAGGAAGACGGGAUUCAAUGCUUCGACCUGGAUAAUAACUCAUUAAGUCUGAAUGGAGAUAGUGAUUUACUAAGAAUGUCUAUCGGAGCUGGACUGCAUAAUUAAAUGAACAUGAAUAAUAACUUCAUGAAUCAUCAAAUCUAAAAUAGCGGUACCGAGAUCAAUGAAUAGCUAAAGAUGUGGUAAGAGUUAGAGAAGCAAAAGAGAGAAAAUGAAAAUCUCCUCAUCUAGAUUGAGUAAUUUGAAAGUGAUAGAAAAACUACAUUCGCUGACAGAGCUUUGAAAGAUGAAUUAGAGAUGCUCAAGGAAGAAAUGCUUAUCAAAGAGGAAGAACUGUAAAAAUAUCAAAGACAUGUCGGUUCUAUCUCUGAUGAGCUUAAAUUCUAUAAAGAUUAGAAUAACGAUCUUUUAAGAAGAUUAGAUGAUUUUGAAAAGACAAUAGCAUCAGAUAUAGAAAAUGCUAGCGUAAUUAUUUACAAUGAGGCAUAAAUAGACUCUAACUAAAUGAUUAAGGAUGAAAAUGCGAUUUUAAAGUAGCAAAUUACCAAGCUCAAGGAAGAAAUUAAGACUAUUGAGCUUGAGAAGUUAAGAUAGGAGAAUAUCAAGACUGAAUUAGAGUAUAAUCAUAGAGCUUCUGAAUACAAUGUGGAGAUUCUGAAAAAUCAAAUAGAAAAUCUAAAUAAUGAGAUCGCUUUAAUGAGGAGAUAGAAUGAGAAAUAGAAAAAGACUAUUGACAUCAUAAGAGCAACAAACGAAAGACUAUCAUAGGAUUUAGAGCAUUACAAGAAGCUAUCCCUUAAGCAAUACAAAAAAUCAGCCAACUCGAUAAAUCCUAAUGCCAAUAAUUAAGGACUCUAAUCUGGGUAUAAUUCUUCAACUGAAGGUCCAUAAAGAGAUUCUUUCUCUGCCUUAAUGCCUCCUCCCUCCAUAGUCUAUCUCCCUUAGCCACAUCCUGAUACAUCAAUCUAGGAGAUUCAAGUUAAUCUAAUUGACGUUAGAUAAAUUGAGGCAAAAGACUCAGAGAUUCAGAAGCUUUAAACAGAUAUUGAUGAGAGAACUAGAAAGAUUGAUGAUAUGGAAAAGCAACUAUUAGUCUUAAAGGAUUCUAAGAAUAUGAGUGAGACUGAGUAAAUAAAGAAAAUGAGAUUUGAUAAUCAGAUACUCAUGAACAAGCUCAGUGAAUACAAGAAAGCUGAGAAGGGGGCUAAGGAAAUAGUUAAUGAUUAUGAGUAAAUGAAGAUGAAAUACUUCAAUGUCUUAACUGAAAACUCAAAUUUAAAGUCUCAAAUAUAGGAGCUUAUAUAGAGCAAACUUGACAACGAAAUGCAGAUCAAGCAGCUGAAGCAAGAGCAUGAUAAUUUGAUAGAUGAACUCUAUUCAGCUAGAAUUGAUAACAAAAAGAAGGCUGAAGAAAUAUCCAAAAGACAUCAGUAGAUUGAACUUCUUAAUGAAGAGUUCCAGAUAAUGAUGAAAAAAUCACAAGAGCUAGCCCAAAAAGAGAAAGAAAUAUCUUAGUUACAAUAUGACAUCGAAGCUUUCCUUAAAUUUUUCACCCAAGUCGACAAGCAUCUCCGUACCUUGAUAAAAUUCUUAAGAGACUCCAUUGCUAAAUGUACAGAUCCUAAGCUAAUUGAGCACAAUUAAAAACAAAUCAAGGGAAUAGAGUGUUUGCUAGAUGAGGUUAAGAGGGCAAUAGCCAACAAAGAAUACCCAGGAGAGACGAGCAGACUCAUUGAGAGUCUAUUUUUAUUAUCAGCUGAGAGUUUGAAGGAUGUAUAAACUUCAGCCAUGCUAUCUGAUAAGGAGCGAAUUUUUGGAAAUGAAAUCAGCGAAAAUAUUAUUAAGCAGCAUAAUAACAAAAGGAGAAAGUUGGUCCUUGACUCUGAAUCAGAAGCAGUCCUUAGAGAAAGUAAAUUAUUAUAGGAACCUGUUCCAAAAGAAAACAGAUCAAUCCUCAGUCAACAUCAUGAAUCAAGAUAGAAAUAUCCAUUAACUUAGCCAUUCAUUCUAGAGAGUGCUGAUGAAGAUGGAACUAUCUAACUGGGGAACUUAGAUGGAAGCAAAAAGAAGAGAUUCAGUAAGCAAGGAGAUAAAGCCUUCUCUUACAAGAAGAUAGAAUUUGACGGGAUUAGAAGAAGCGAAAGAAUUAAGGAUAAAGGAGGAAUGACUGAAUCUGACUGCUAUUGA